UUCCAACAUCAUUCAGUCGACGGAUACCCGAAGCGAAACCACGGUUUUCUCGCAUUUCAGUCCGAGUAAUACCUAUCGUUAAUUUAACCAAUCGUGAAAAGAAAAACAACAUUCUAAUAAAUUGUGAGGUGUAAGGAUAUGAAGUGGAACAUGCAUCGUGCAAUUGGCCUAUAUUUGACGGUUUUUAUGAUUUUAAUGUGCGGCGAAUUAUGUUUUUCUUCAGAUGUCUGCCCAGGAGAAUACUAUUCCUGUCAUUGGGAGUGUCCUACCUUAACGGAUAGCUGUCCCGGUAAUCGCAUCAUAUCAGAUCCAUGCGCCUGUUGUAAUAUCUGUGCUAAGCAAGCGGGAGAACCUUGUCUCCUCCCAUCGCAAGCUUGUGAUUAUUCAUUUGGCCUUUUCUGUAUAAAUGGAACAUGUAGUGGAAAGUAUAACCUGCAAGUGAUUAGUGGAACAGCUACUUCAAUUAAUUUGCGUUGGAAUGAUUUUAAGCCCAAGGAUUCUAAAAAGGCUUUUUACCUGGUUUAUUACACGGAUAAAUAUGAUGACAAUACAUUAAAUUGGAAUGGCCAAAUUCAGGUAAAGACAGGUACGUAUGUAUCAGUAAAAAAUCUGAAAACUGACACAGACUAUUACUUCAAAGUCACGUACCGUAUACAAGGUAACGGUGUACAGCUUGAAGGACCGUCAUCGGAAACAGCUCUACACACGGCAGGUGCCCCAACUCCAUGGGGAGGUUGCGAGCACGACGGAAAACAUUUUGACGAAGGGCAGACGAUAAAGCAGAGCUGUGACGCCGUCUGCGAUUGUUUGCUUAGUUCGUGGUUGUGUCGGCCUAGAGCCUGUCCUCCCACCCCUGAUGUAGUAUUCGACAGCAAGAAGAACUGCCGCGAGGUACCACACCCUGAUGAUCCAGGGUGUUGUAUAAUUAUUCAGUGUGACGACGAUGAAGAAGACGAAAUAGAUGUAGAACCACGUGACUGCUUCCGCGAUGGCGUACGACACAAGCACGGACAGACAUAUUACUAUGAUUGUGACGAAGUCUGCUACUGUGACGACGGCCAGGAAACAUGUGCACCUCGAUGUCAAGAGCCAGGAACCAUGUUGCCUGACCCAGACACCUGCCCCCAUCCAAAACUUAAUGAUCCAUCGGAAGGUGAAUGCUGCCCCUACUGGUCCUGUCCACCACCACCUGGUUACUGUGAGAUGAACGGAAACACAUACGCCGAAGAUGAAUUCUUCGACGUCGAUUGUUCUAUGAGAUGUCAGUGCAUGAACGGUUACAUCAAUUGCUACCCUCGUUGCUCCCACACAGUAAGGCCUCCGUCAGCCGACUGCCCUAACCCAAAGAAAGUAAGAAUUCCAGGCGAAUGUUGUAUGCAAUGGGAAUGUGUAGAUAUUGAACCGAAAACGUGUGUCUACAUGCGGAGCGCAACACUCAACAACAUCACGUUAGCCGACGGUGAAUGGAUUGAUGAGGGAUGCGACAGUCGAUGCCACUGCACAUUGGGGGAAGUGACCUGUAUGCCGCUUUGUGAUCAACUCGAAACACCUAUACCAACUCCACUUUGUCCGGCACCGGUGAUAACUAAAGUUAAAAGUACAGAUUGUUGUCAAGUGGUAGCGUGCAACGAUCCCGAUAAACCAAGUCCAAAUGCUGUACAGGAUGUGACAGUGUAUGCGAUUAAUUCAUCCGCCAUUACCAUAGGAUUCGCUCCCCCGACAAAUCCGGACCUUCGGAACAUUUUAGACGGAUACCAUAUCUAUUACACCGAUCAAUCGGAAGAAGAGAACAUCGAAAAGUGGUUGCGUUAUCGACAGGAUGACAUCCCAGAUGGAUUUCGAAUGACUGGGCACACGAUAGUACAGAUCAAUAACCUACGUCGACAGGCAACGUAUUACAUCCGGAUAAAAGUUACUAUUCCGGAAAGUGUCGUCACACAAUGGCAUAAUACACUUCCUGCUACCGAUACGAUCGUUAUACGAACCAAUGAAAAACAACCCCAACCGUGUCACUAUAGAGGAAAAAUAUAUGAACAUAACAAAACCUUUAACAUCGGCUGUGAAUCGACAUGCGAAUGCAAGUUCGGGCAGACGGUGUGCCGAGCACGCUGUCAAAAGGUGGACCUGCUACCAUCUACGGACUGCCCUAGCCCUCGGCAGAUCUACGAGCCUGGCCAGUGCUGUCCAACCUGGCAGUGUUUCCCCAACGAUGGAGAUUGUAGACAUAAUGGUACUAUCUACAAAGAUGGCAUGGAGUGGCGUUACGGAUGUGACGUACGCUGCGAAUGCAAGAAUAGUAAAGUCCAGUGUCGUAACGUAUGUACAAAUGGAACACAGAAUCUACCAGUUUACGACUGUAAAUACCCUGUACAAAUCAGCGUGCCCGACACAUGCUGUAAAGAAUGGGUCUGUUACGAAGAAAAACCGCCAACACAUAUGCCUCUUCCUUCACUACCGUUACCCCUGUCUUCUUUCAUUAUUGAAAUCACUGCGCAUGACAUAAACGCCAGGGAAGCUGUGAUCACGUGGCCAAUACUGACAGACGUGCAGCGCCAGUUCAUCUCUUUAUUUCGCUUGAAGUACCGAGAACUUGGCUACGACGUCAGAAUGUGGAAUAGUUCAAUUGAGUUCAGACCGGAGCUGAUCAAAUACACACUGGUCAACCUGAAGCCAUCUAGGAGCUACGUGGUGCAGUUAGUGGUCAUUUUAGGGGAAAUACACGAACCUGGUAUCGCACUAGAACUGCAGACGAACAAAGUAGAAAUCGACACUUUAUGGGUUCCAGCGGAACCUUACCCUGGAGAACCAAUUGAUAUAGAGGUGCUAUCAGUGAAUUUAAAUACAAUCACACUAAAAUGGGAGGCUUUACCGCAAGCUAUCAACGUCGAUCUCAUUGGUUGGAGACUUACGUACGGCAAAGAAGAGGAACCAAAUAAGAUUAAAAGUAAAAGGGUUAAGAAAUCAGCCCUGUCGUAUGUUUUGCGUGAUUUGGCGCCCUCACAGGCAUACAAAAUACAGCUUAUAGGCCUCUGGGAUAACGGUACGUUAACUCGCGAAGUGAGGUCAAAGAUAAUUUCUGAGACGACGAAAACGCCAAACACGACUAUUAGUACUGGAAUAAAGAAAGGAUCUUCGACCGUAGGGGUCGCUGUUGGCAUGGUUAUUUUGGCGGUCAUCCUUAUUGUAGCGAUUGUUGUGUUAUAUGUCAAAGUAAUUCGACCGAAGACAAAGCGUCAAUACGAUGUUUAUGUGCGAACAACAAAAAUAAAUUAUGACAACACGUCAACGUAUGAUCAAAUUUCUAAGGAUGUUCGCAGGGGAAGUGAAGCCGGUUUGCUUGACGUGCUGAGAAGGGGUAGUGAGGGCGCUUUUCUCGACUUACCCAGAGGAGGCGAAGUAGGAUACUAUAGUCUGAGGCGAGACAGCGAGGCAACGUUCUUAUCCUCGCGUCGAGGAAGCCAAGACGGACUCCUUGAUCUUUAAAAUACUGAAAUUAAAGACUGUAAAUAAUUUAUUAUAAUAAAAAAAAACGAGCAUUAUAUUUUAAUGUUUUAAUAAUAUAAAGAAAAAAGAGAACAUUUUGAAUAUUAUAAUUGUUUUGAUAUAAUAAUGUAGAUUCGGUUCGUAAAAUGUUUACGUAUAUUCCGAUUAUAAAUGUUUCGUCGAUUCUGUAUUAAGGUUUCAAUUAGUUCUCAAGCUCUGUCCACAUAGCAAAUUUUGUGACAAAUUUGUGUAAUGUGCCCAUAUAUUGCGCAUGAUGUCAUAUUUACACCAAAAUAUGGGCAAACAGUAUUUGUUACAUAAAAUUUGAUAGUGUAUGGACAAAGCUUCAGAUUUAUGAUUUUAAAUUGUUCUAUCGUUUAUGUUCGCGUUGUUGAACUGUAAUGGAUCUUUCCGCUAUGCCCCGCCCCUUGGAUAUUGUUACUGAGGUCCAACAAGGCGAUAUUGGUCAGGUUCACACGAGAGCCCUAUAGGAUCCGGAUCGGCAGCUAACAGUUAGCGCUAACAGUUAGCACCCGUGUGAGACAAGGCCGUAGCCAAAGGAGUUAGAAGGGCUCGAAUGAACCCCCCCCCCUUUUUUUUUUUUUAAAGAAGUGCCCUUUUGAAAGUGUAUGUAAAACAAUUCUAGAGCGAGAGUUCUGGCCAUCUAAGAAUCGAUUUCAUGAAAUUAGUACUGUGUAACAACUGUCAUUGGUCACAAGUCCAACAUUUGGAUUUUGCAUGCAUAUUUCACCAUCAACCAUUUUUCUAUAAUAUUAAAAUUCGCCCUCUUCUGAAAAAAUCGAAACCCCUUUACAAAUCUUUGCUACGGCCUUGUGAGAUCACCCGAUCAGUUACGCUAACCGUUACCAGGAUCCGGAUUAGCAAGUUGAGCGCGUACCUGUCAUUAACCAAACAUACGUACGCAUUUCUAAUUUACAGUUUCCUAUUGGCCACUGAUUCGAUCAUCAUUCUGUUGGUAUCCGAUUCGGGGAUUUUCUUGUAUGAACGCACGGGUGAGUGCGUAUGUUUGUAAUCCGGAUUCUGCUAGCCGUAGGUUCUGUGUGUAAAUAAAGCCAUUGUUAAUACAUACGCGAACACGUGCGCUUGUGGGAGAACACGUGGGCUUGUUGGACACGCGCGUAUUCAUGGCAAUGUUCUGAUUGGUCAGUUGUCCAGUUUAAUUGACACUCCGGAAGGUCCAUACUAUUAUGCUGUUGCCAAUUGUGCGUUGAAAAAAAAAAAAAAAAACCUU